GGCGUAGCGUGUAUUACAUUGUUCCUGAUAUCUCAUUACUAGUAUCACAUAACGAGGACGAUGGAAUAUGAAGAGUACUACUAUGAGUUGGAGUAUUACAAUUGGACAUAUUGGAGGGGGAAUUGGACACAAGAAGAGGAAAAGCCUGACUUAAUACAUAACUUGGUGUUUGAUGUGGUCCUUUUGAUCCUUACUCUGGUGGGAAACAGUACUGUUCUUGUAGUGAUUAUCAAUGUAGCUCAAAGGUCAAGGAUGAGUUUUUACUUUAUAAAUCUAGCAGUUGCAGAUUUACUCUGUGGAAUAUUUUAUAUUGUGCCACGCAUUGUGAGACACUGUAAUGAUGGACGUUUUUAUGGAGGGGACACACUUUGUAAACUACAAGAAUAUUUAGCGAAUGUUGGUAUUUUUGGAUCCAUCACAGUUAUGGUUGCCUUGAGCUUGGACCGUUUGCACCUACUUCUAAGACCUUUUGGAAGCCAGCGAAUGAGAGGGAAAUAUCCAAUUCUGCAAUGCUUGUCAUGUUGGGUGACUGCAUUUGUUGUGUCCAUAAUGGGACCUGUUGUAUUUGAAUACGAUGAUGAGUACAAAGACUGUUACGUAGAUCUCGAUGAAACUGAAUACAAGAUUUACUUCCAUACGAUCUUCGUUGUCGUCUUCAUCAUCCCAACGAUGAUCCUGAUGAUCUGUUAUUCUGUAAUUGCCGUCAUAAUCUGUAAGGUGUCAAGGAGAGACACAGGAAUUGAAUCAACUGAAAUACCAUCUUCCAAUAGACGUCAAUUAUCUUUGCUAAGUUCAAGAAGAAAUAGUCAUUCCUCGGGUUCAGAACAAAGAGAACCAACGUUGUCGAAAUCUCAGACGAAGACCAUCAAGAUGACUUUCCUGAUAGUUGUAGCAUAUUUUUGUUGCUGGGCCCCAUAUAUGAUCGUCACCCUACUAGUUAUUCAUGGCCUAAUAUAUAUCUCAACUCCAGUCAACAUUUUUAUCAAUGGUCUACUGCCUUUGAACUCAGUUGUUAAUCCACUCAUCUAUGUAGCAUUCAGUUCACGAUUACUCAAGAAAUUCAGGAAGAAAAUAAACAGACGUCUUUGCACCACGAGAAUGACAUGAGAGGACAACAUAUUUCUGGUAACUGAGUAGUGAUAAUCCUCUAUUCCAAUUUUGACCUGUAUUUUCUUCGGUAGACCUCUACUUGUCAACCAUUAUUCCAUAGGUGGAAGGAGACAGAUAUGACAAACUGAAAUUUAUAAUCACAUCAAUGGCAUAUGCAUGCUAAUAUCAAAAACAUGUUGUGUGUCUGUUAACAGGAAGUAAAAUCAAUGUUAGUUUCCUGCGUAAAAUUGUUGAGUAGUCAAUUUAAAACAA